AUGAAUGCAGACUACGAAGCUUACGCCCAGCGAUGCGACCAAUGCCAGCGACAUGCCUCGACAAUCCACUCCCCGACACAGUUGCCGCCAACGAUGACUGCUCCAUACCCUUUUAUGCGAUGGGGAAUGGACAUAAUCGGCCCUAUGUCGAGCUCUCGACAGAAGAGUAUCGUCCUAGUUUUGACAGAUUACUUCACAAAACUCAACACAGCGAGUCCGCGAUACCCGCAGAGCAACGGUCAAGCCGAGGCAUCCAACAAGAUCAUAAUCGACGGUUUAAAGAAACGCCUCAACUUGAAAAAAGGAUGUUGGGCCGAUGAACUCGACGGUGUUCUCUGGUCACAUAGAACAACUCCUCGAGGAGCAACAAAAUCAACUCCUUUCUCAAUGGCACACGGAGUCGAAGCUAUGGCCCCUGCCGAAGUGAACGUAACCUGUCUACGACGGUCAAGAAUGCCGCAUAACAUCAAACUCAACAGCGACAUGCUCUUCGACGCUCUGGACGCUAUAGAAGAGCACCGCAACCAAGCCCUGCUCCGCAUCCAGAAUUAUCAGCAUCAGAUCGAAAGCUACUACAACAAGAAGGUCAAGUCUCGACCUCUCAAACUGGGCGAUAUAGUACUGCGCAAAGUGUUCGAAAACACUAAGGAGCUGAAUGCAGGCAAACUCGGAACUAACUGGGAAGGGCCUUACAAAAUUGCUCAAGUUGUUAAACCAGGAGUCUACCGACUCGAGACGUCGACUGGCGAACCCGUUCCCAGAGCAUGGAACUCCAUGCAUCUCCGAAGAUACUACUCUUGA